AUGUCCGGCAACACACCCAAGUCCAUGUCAAACCGGCUCAUGACGAUGAAGUUCAUGCAGCGCUCGGCCGCGAAGAACGUAGCCUCAGCCUCGUCUCCCACCACGGCCAACGGGCCUGCGUCGAAGAAAGUGCGACUCUCCCACGGUGGCUCCGCUGCUGCAGACCAGCAGAUUCUCCAGUCGGCGCUGGCGGAGGAAGCGAAGAGGCAGCAAGAGGCAGUGGACAAGGCGGCGCAAUACACGGGCGAAACGAAGUGGGUGCUGAGUUACAAGGACCCGCUAGAGGGAAAGCGGGGCGAGGGUCUCCAUGUCAGGCAGGCUGGAUUCGCAGAGCUGGACGCGGAAGAUGGCGAGGACGACGACGACGACGAUGAGCCGGCGCAGCCAAUACGGAAGCAGUACGGAGGUGGUGUGAAGAAAGCCGAGAAGCCCGUGUUCGAGAACGCUGAAGGCUCGGAAGGCGAGACGGAACCGUCUUCCGAAGACGACUACGACUCGGACGACCCGACCGCCGAGCUCAUACGCGAGACGAAGCGAGACAUGUCCACCAAGAAACGUGAAUCGCGAAAGAGCCUGGGCGACGCAUCGCCGAGAGGCGCGCCCAGACCCGUGGACGAGGACGCCCACCUCGAUCGCCUGACGUCGCUAAGCGGAGGCCGCAAGCCAGGCGGACGUGAUAUGAGCAGCAUGGAGUGCUUCAAGUGUGGGCAGAAGGGCCACGCAAAGGCAGACUGCCCGAACCCUGGGCGCGGCCGAGGGCGAGGCGGGCCAAGGUAA